GGAGGGAAAUGAAAUUUAGAAUUUGCCCUAAUCACAACUGGAGAAAGCUCUUUAACAAAGCGCGAAACGUGAUCAGUGCCGAUCGCGCUUCUACGACUUCCGCCGCCGCGAUGGGUGACGUUAAGAUCCAGAAAACGAAGCUUUGCAUCAUCGGAAGCGGCCCCGCCGCUCACACCGCCGCUGUAUACGCCGCCCGCGCAGAGCUAAAGCCCAUCCUCUUCGAAGGUUGGAUGGCCAACGACAUCGCUCCGGGCGGCCAACUCACCACUACUACCGACGUCGAAAACUUCCCCGGUUUCCCCGACGGCAUCCUCGGCGGCGAGCUCAUGGAACGCUGUCGCAACCAGUCUCUGCGUUUCGGCACUGAGAUCUACACCGAGACCGUUUCCCAGGUCGAUUUGUCCAAACGACCUUUUAGGGUUUUUACCGAUUCCAGAACCGUCGAGGCGGACUCCGUCAUCGUCGCCACCGGAGCCGUCGCCAAGCGGUUGCCGUUCACGGGCUCCGGCGAUGGUCCCGAUGGCUACUGGAACCGCGGGAUCUCGGCGUGCGCCGUGUGCGAUGGCGCGGCCCCGAUUUUUAGAAACAAGCCGUUGGCGGUGAUCGGCGGCGGCGACUCGGCCAUGGAGGAAGCUACCUUCCUCACAAAGUACGGUUCCGAAGUGUACAUAAUUCACCGGAGGGACACGUUUAGGGCUUCGAAGAUUAUGCAGAGUAAGGCUUUGAGCAAUAGCAAGAUCAAGGUGAUUUGGAAUUCGGUGGUGGUUGAGGCGUAUGGGGAAGGAGAUAACAAGAGGUUGCUUGGGGGACUGAAGGUGCAGAAUGUGGUAACUAAAGAGGUUUCUGAUUUAAAGGUUUCGGGGUUGUUUUUCGCGAUUGGGCAUGAGCCUGCUACCAAGUUCUUGGAUGGUCAAUUGGAACUGGAUUCUGAUGGCUACAUCGUGACUAAGCCAGGAACCACAAAGACAAGUGUUGAGGGAGUGUUUGCUGCUGGGGAUGUUCAAGACAAAAAGUAUAGGCAAGCUAUUACUGCUGCUGGCUCUGGAUGCAUGGCAGCUUUGGAUGCAGAACAUUACCUGCAAGGUAUUGGUUUUCAACAGGGUAAGAGUGAUUGACUAGUUAGGGUGUGUCCAGAAUUCAGACGCUUAAUUAGAAGUAAUGUUUAGUUCAUAGAAAAGAAUGGAAAAAUCUGACUGCACCCUGCUAGAAUCUUUAUGCGUUGCUAUUCAUAAUUUGCAGUGGUAUACUCAUUAUUUUUCAAGCAAUGAUGCUCACGUGCAUACUCACGUGCAUUAUUGUUUAUUGGGUUUCGUUUUGCUAAUUAUUGUGACGAUGUAAUUCAUAUGCUUCUAUCCGACCCAGUCCAAUGGGGGAAAAAUUGCUUUGCUUUAGUUGAAUUCUAGUUCUACCGGUCUGUCCAGGUUUUGGAUUGGAAAAUUUUAAAGUUGAUAAAGUCAGGUUGACCUGAUGUAUAAUAUUUUCUUUUUCAAUGUU